AUGGAUGCGCUACCUCUCGAACUCAAGCAGCGCAUCUGUAGCUUCCUCACACCAAAAGAACUCAAGCCACUCAGACUCACUUGCAAAAUCUUCGCCACGGCAGCUGAACGUUACUCCAUCAAUCGUUUCAUUCUAUUUGUUCAUCCCGAUAGUCUCGCAACUCUUCGCAAGAUCGUGGAGCACGAGAUCUUCAGCAAGUAUCUCACCACCGUCGUUUACGAUUCCGUUACCUUGAGUCAAAUACAACCAAUUACAGUCGAGGAUCCGUGCUGGGAUGACUUCCGGCCCAAGACAUCGUCGCUCGUUUCGAACGAAAGUUACUCUACAAUAACAAGCCGGUUGAUGCGUGACGCCACAGAGAGCUACCAAGCCGCCUGGGACGAGGCGCAACAAAUGAAAGCAUCAUUGAAACUCCUUGAAGGUCUGUUCCGGUAUCAACAAGACCAGGACGUGUUUGAUGACUUCGCCGACGAGAUCGAGUAUGCACUAUGGAAAUGUCAACGCCUUAGAAAUAUCAUUCUAUCAACGCGCCAUCCUGACAAAGAAGCCAAGGCUCGGCUUUUCAUGCACGAACGUUUGUGUACUUCGUGGGCACUGCGCACAAAUGGUGAUCAGGACAUUGUCUANUCGGAAACGACCAAUUUAGAGUCCUUGACCUUAAUCGGAGUGAAGCUGCCUCGCCGAGUCAGCUCCGAAGAUGCCCAAGUACUGGGGAACCUGAAGCACCUCCGGAUCAGGACAGGGCAAACCACCUCCGGUCUCUCCGGUAUGCAAUGUCUGUUCAGUGUCACGAAACGCCUCAAGACUCUGAGCUUGUCGGUAAAUUCCUGCAACAUCACAAAAAUUAUCAAAGUGUUUCGUUCAAACAGUCUUCGAGUCUGUCUUAUAGACUUCAAGCACGUCCAAGGAGAUGCUUUGAUCGACUUUCUCCUCCAUCAUGCUCCCUUACUGCAGCGACUUGCUCUUGGCACCGGAAGUUCUGAUAUCGGCUGGGCUCCAGUGUUUUGUAGCAUCUCUGGUGAGCUCCCAGCCUUGAAACGUAUCCAGCUCGAGGCGCUCAUAAGCCGCUGGAACAAAUAUUCGAUGAGAAGGGAUGCCGAGUUGCAGGCGGAGCGGUUCGUUCUAUCCGGAGGUUUGCUGCCUCUGAUCCAGUACACAAGUUUGAAAUCGCGUAGGGGUGAGUACAACCUCCCUGGUCGGGGAUUCUCCGUCAACAUUGAUACCCAAAGUCAACCACCAUCUGGACAUUGGCCCGAUUACGAAGGCAUUGCUAAUGAGCCUUGGGAUGGGUACGAAAGUGAGUGCGAGAACGAAGACAGCGUCGAAAAUGAAGAUAGCAGCGAGGACGAAGAGGAUCAAGGAGAAAAUGAAGACGAUUGA